AUGGCGCUUGAGCAGCCUGCCCUCGUCCAGCACUACAAACUACAUCGACAUCCCUCGGAAAGAGCAGCCGUCGCCCAUCAACUCACCAAUUGCCUGACUGAGAUUUUCUUUGCCGACGCCCUGAAACGUGCAGAAGAGCUUGAUGCACAUCUCGAUGCCAAAAAGGCUCCUCUCGGCCCACUUCAUGGAGUACCGGUUUCGCUCAAGGAUACCUUCAAAGUCAAAGGAUACGAUGCGUCAAUAGGCAUCGCUGCUCUAUGUUUCAAUCCAGCAAAAGAUAAUGCGGUCCUCGUCAAUAACUUGUUGGAUGCCGGAGCGGUGCUGUACUGCAAAACGAACAUCCCCCAGACCCUAAUGGCACUGGACUCCCACAACAACGUUUUUGGCAGAACUAUCAACCCAUUCAAUACUGCUGUCACUCCAGGCGGAAGUUCAGGUGGCGAAGGCGCUCUGCUCGGUAUGCGUGGCUCGAUCCUAGGCGUCGGCACUGAUGUUGGUGGCAGCAUCCGCAUCCCAGCAAUGUGCAACGGCACAUUUGGCAUCAAGCCGAGUUGGGAAAGGGUUCCCUACGCUGGUCAAGAAGGCGGUGCUCUCCCAGGUGCUGCUAAAAUAGGUAUUCCUGCAAGUGCAGGCCCUUUGGCUCACUCUAUGCGCGACAUUGAGCUUUUCUUCCGAGCAGUUUCGGAACAGCGACCUUGGACACAAGAUCCGGAUGUAGUUCCAUCGCCUUGGUCGUCUCUCACGUCUCUAGGUGGUGCAGGACGCAAGAUGAGAAUUGGGCUAGUACGACGAGACGGUGUUAUUGAUCCGCAUCCACCCAUCUCCAGACUGCUGGAUGAGGUGAAAGACCAACUCCACGGUUCUGGCGUCGAUGUCGUCGAAAUGGAUAUCACACCCCUCUUCUCCCAAUGCCAGUCUCUGGCUAAUGCAAUGUUCGGCGUCGAGGGCGGUAAUGCCAUGUUUGAUCUGCUCGAAUCUUCAAAUGAGCCACUGUCUCCCUGGCUCUCAACACGUCUCAAGCGCAAGCGAGCGCUUGAGCUUACGAAGGUACAGCAAUUACAUGGCAAGCGUGAAGCACUUCGCAAGAAGUUCUUGUCCAUAUGGCGCGAUCAAUACGGCGAGAUUGAUGCCUUCAUCUGCCCGGUUGCGCCGCACCCUGUCCCGCCAAUCGAUCGAUACAAUGGCUACCGGUAA